GGAAACGAAACCGCUCCAUUCAUCCUCCUCAUCACAGAGAAGAAACAAAUAGGUGGCGGUUCUCUGUUGAAGUACACUUUACACCUCCAACAGCGAGACUACAAGUCACUUUGAGCGAUAAAUAAAAGACCGGAUACUUUUCUCACGACAUUUGGAUAGGUGUAGAAAGAUGGGGAAACACAACAGCAAGCUUGCUCCUGAGGUGCUUGAAGACUUGACCAAGAGUACAGAGUUCAACGAAGCUGAGCUGAAGCAGUGGUACAAGGGGUUCCUGAAGGACUGUCCAUCUGGCAUCCUCAAUCUGGAAGAGUUCCAGCAACUCUAUGUCAAGUUCUUUCCUUAUGGCGACGCUUCAAAAUUCGCCCAGCAUGCCUUUCGGACAUUUGACAAAAACGGCGAUGGUACCAUUGACUUCAGGGAGUUCAUCUGUGCGCUGUCCAUCACUUCCAGGGGAAGUUUUGAACAGAAACUCAACUGGGCCUUCAACAUGUAUGACCUGGACGGAGAUGGCAAGAUCACACGCAUGGAAAUGCUGGAGAUCAUUGAGGCAAUCUACAAGAUGGUUGGGACAGUGAUCAUGAUGCGUAUGAACGAGGAUGGGCUGACCCCACAACAGCGUGUGGACAAAAUCUUCAGCAAGAUGGACAAGGACCACAACGAUGAGAUCACGCUGGAGGAGUUCAAAGAGGCGGCCAAGAGUGACCCCUCCAUUGUUCUUUUACUGCAGUGUGACAUGCAGAAGUAAGGAAGGAGAGCAGGAAGAUGAGUGAAGUGGGCUGGGGGGUGUAGGGAGGGGAGGAGAACUAUGUACAGACUUCUAGAGAGAUGUAGGUAAUAGAUAAUGAGAGAAAAUGUACAUACAGUUGAACAUAAGUUAGACUGCAUGCUAAUCUUGGGAAUGUUAAGGGAAUGAUUAUGGCCAUUUGGAAUGAUUAGUCAAAGUAAUGCAAGAGAGAGUCUUUUCCACCCUGUAUCACUUAUUACACAUUCUGUCUGCUUUCCAGCCUCUAGAGAGAGUCAGAAAGUUCAAAAGAUUGAAUCUUUAAUACAAGACAUUUCUUUCCUCAAAAAGGUCACUUCUGAGCCAACUAACUCUCAACAAUUUAAUGUAAUAAUUACAAAAAAUUAAAUGAUAAUAACAUUUUUUAAAGAUACAAAAGGCAAAGGAUUUUAGCAUUUUUAGGCCUGAAAUUAUAUAAGGGAUACACAAUAUAUCAAUAUAUCAAUUAAUAUGGUGUACAAACAAUUUUCACUCAGAAAUUGCCAGUACGUUUCACAAAUAACGACAAAGAAAUGGCAAACAAGACAUAAAUUAAAUGUAAAAAUUCAAAGUAGAAAGA